UGGCGGUGUGGUGAUUCAGGAAAAAGACACAUGAAGAAGAAGGGGAAAAGGGCAGACAAAAAGCAGACGGAAGUCACUCGGCAAAGUCAAGCUCCUGAGAGGGGUGAAUUCUCUGUAGAGGCCGGCCGGCAAAAAGAUCUUUAACAAUGGUGAAAAUCUUUGUGGGAAACCUGCCCCGAGAGGCAGACCAGGAGGAAAUCAAGGCCCUCUUCACUCAAUACGGCACAGUCACAGAAUGUGCUAUCAUCAAAAACUAUGCCUUUGUUCACAUGGAUGACCGCAAGGCUGCCACUAAAGCCAUUAAGAAUCUGCACCUGUACAAGCUUCAUAGCACACCAAUCAACGUAGAGGCCAGCCAUGGGAAGAACCAGGGCUCUGUCAAACUGCAUGUAGCCAAUGUAGAAAAGGGAGCUGAUGAUGAGCUCCGUGCACUCUUUGAGGAGUACGGUACAGUCACAGAGUGUGCUGUUGUUAAGAAUUUUGCGUUUGUACAUAUGUCUAACUCUGACGAGGCCAUGGAUGCCAUCAAGGGACUGGACAAUACUGAAUUUCAAGGCAAACGCAUCCAUGUCCAGAUUUCUAAGAGUCGGCCUAGACACGAUGAACGGGAUGACUACCCCCCUCCUCCCCCAGACAGGGGUGGAUAUUGGCCCCCUCGCUAUCCAGGAGAGAGGCACGAGCCUCCCCCACCCAGCUAUAUGAGAGGCCGUCUCAGCCAUAUCCCCCCAGGUUACCCUGCCCCUCCUCUGCCACCUCCUCCCCCUAGAAGGGCAGUUUAUCCUGAACGUCCCUAUGAGGGUGAGAGGGACAGGUACAGCGUGGUAGAUUACUAUGAGAAGUACAGAGCCCGUCCGUAUGGCAUCCCCUCCUAUGAGGACCAACGUCCCGGCGCCCCUCCUCCUCCUCCUCCCCCUUCAGCCGUCGUCCGAGACCGUCUUAUGACCUCGUCUCUUGACCCGUAUGAGCGUCGUCCCCUCCCACCUCCUCCGUCCUCAUACUAUGCCCGAGAUCGCAGUCCUCUCAGGAGAGCGCCAAGCGCGCCAAUGCCCCCCGCCAGUAAUGGCUACUCCUAUGAGCGCUCCCGACUCUCUCCGGUUUCCCGGGUACCUGCAUACGGAGUUCCACGCGCCAGGGACCCCUACGCAGAACGGCUGCCGCCGCCACCCCCUGCACGCUACGCUUAUUAAGCGAGGCCCUGACAUGUGAAGGAUCGUCGUCCAACUGCGUCGCCGCUCGCCGCCUCCUGAUGCACGUGACACUAUCCUCUUCCUGUCUGUGGCUGAGCGCGUUACGUUCCCCUGCGAUGCUCACAGGAGGAACUGAAUUGCCGACGUCCACGUCUGAUUUUGUUUUUAUUAUUUUGGAAAAGUUUUUACUCGUUUUUUUUCCCCCUGAUUGUUUUAGUUUGUCAUUGUGCUGUAGUAUUUUUUUUAUGCCAGACGUCUGAAUUAGGCGUUUUUUUUUUUUUUUUUAUUUGUACUUUUACGUUUGGAAAAAUUAGUGUUCUGAUGUUGUGUGUGUGACCAUAGAAAGCUGAAUAAUUUCAGCUGAAGUCUCUAGGCGAAACUUGUGACUGUAGAUUUAACUGAACUGAAUUAUGUUUGGUAUUAAAUCUAAUCUGCACGUUGGUUCCUUCAUGUUAACGCUUUCCCAUCGAAAAUCAAACCUCCAUGUGACGUUGCUGUGAAAAUUUAAACUGGUAAGACAUAGGUUUGACAAAUGUAGAAAGUAACUGUUAAUAGGACAGUUACCGCAAAUCGUUCACAUGUACCUGUAUGUUGUCGAACUUGUUUUUAAUAAACGGAUUUGUGCAGUUAAUGUUGUUCACAGAUGUGCCCCAAAUCAUGCCCAGCGCUAAAACACCAUUAGUGUAACCGCUUGAAUUGAUUCGCCUACUCUUUUAGGAUCUUUCGAAAAAAUAAUCCUUUAAUUAAUGAUUAUUCGUUCAUUAAUGAUGAACACACGCAUAGCAAACUUGUUAAAGUCGUCACGCUGAUUAAAGAAAUAUCACUCUUGUCUGGAA